AUGUGGAAGAAGACCUGGGCCAUCAAGCUGAAACCAAAGCUAAAAUCUUUUCUAUGGAGGUGUAUUCAUGAUUCUUUACCUGUUGCUGAAAAACUGCAUGCUAGAGGUAUAUUGCCUACAUCUUGGUGUCAAAUCUGUGGGGAAGGGAUUGAAUCUCUUGUACAUGUGCUGUUCCAUUGUGAUAAAGCUAAGAAAGUGUGGAGUAUUGCUCCAGUUUCCUGGAACCAGAAACUCAUUAAGCCUGACAAUUUUAAAGGUUGGUGGUCUGAUCUAUGCAAUGCCAAGAAAGGUGAGUGCUGGGAGGAUAGAGUGCAACUGACUGUAUAUAUUCUAUGGUGGCUAUGGAGGACGAGAAACCUAUGCAUCUUCGAGAAGAAAUCCUAUGAUAACAGAGAAAUAAUUAGGAAAUCUUCUGAGGAAUGGAGAGAAUUUGCAGGUGUAAAGAUUGGGCCAUCUAUCUCAGCUGCUUUGGACCAAGUAGGGCAAAUAUGCUUAUUUGUCAGUGCUUGCUCUGUUCCAGGCAUGGGGAGUGGAUUUGGAUGUGUAGCCGUGAUCAAGAACCAAAAUUCUAUGACCAUGAAAUGGCAGGUCUUUCUCCCUAGCUGUUAUGAUGUUUUGGAGGCUCUUCUGCAUGGGAUUCAUCAAGCCUUGUGGAAAGCUUUAUUGAAGGAGUGGAAAGUGCUUGAAGUCUUAGUGGAGGAUGAAGCUGUAGCAAGGAAUUUGAAUAACAAUCACUCUUUUAACGGGGUGAAGAAUGACAUAGCAGACAACAUUUAUAUUUUAGCAGAUUUAAGCACUUCUUGCUCCUUUGAUGUCUCUUCCUCAGAUUUUAUUUGUUUAGCCUCUUCAUUAGCCCUUGAGGCCAUUUCUUCUUGUUCUUGCCAUGAAUGGCUUUGUUAA